AGAUCAUACAGAGGCAAUAAUGGCUACACUAUCUCAAUCAUGCCUUAACUUACUGUUCAUUUCUGCGGCAAUGUUGGCAGUUAUUUUUAGUAAUUCUCAAGCACAAGAUCAAUCUGAACUAAGUCUUGACUACUACUCAAAGACAUGUCCGACAGCAGAAAGCAUCGUAAAGACGGAGAUGACAUGCGCAGUGCAAAAUGAUCCCCGCAAUGCUGCUGCCAUUCUUCGUCUCCAUUUUCAUGAUUGUUUUGUUCAAGGGUGUGAUGGUUCAGUGUUGUUGGAUGAUACUUACUCGUUGCAAGGAGAGAAAGAAGCAUCACAGAAUGCAAAUUCUUUGAUAGGUUUCGACAUUGUGGACAAGAUUAAGAAUCAGCUUGAGUCUGAGUGUCCUGGUGUUGUUUCUUGUGCUGAUUUGCUUGCAAUUGCAGCAAGAGAUGCAGUUCUUUUGGUUGGAGGUCCGUAUUGGGAUGUGCCUGUAGGAAGGAAGGAUUCUACUACAGCAAGCUUCUCUGCAGCAGACACAGAUCUUCCGGCUGUUGACCAUGGUCUUGUCACACUCAUUUCUAAGUUUCUUGCUAAAGGGCUCUCUGUGACCGAUAUGGUUGCUCUUGUUGGUGCACACACUAUCGGCAAGGCAAGAUGUGCGAGUUUCAGAGAUAGAAUUUACGGUGACUUUGAAAUAACAUCAGGCAUGGAAUUAACUUCCGAAACAUACCUAAGUAGUUUGCAAUCAACAUGUCCAAGAAGUGGAGGAGAUGAAAACACAAGUCCGAUGGACAAUAUAACUCCGAAUCUUUUUGACAACAAUUUCUACCGCAUCUUGUUACAUGGAGAGGGGCUUCUCAACUCAGAUCAAGAACUGUAUUCAAGUUGGCUUGGAUUUGAAACAGCAUCUCUUGUCCAAAAGUAUGCACUUGAUCCCAUUGCAUUCUUCAACCAGUUCUCUGAGUCCAUGGUCAAAAUGGGAAAUAUAACUAAUCCUGCAGGUGGCGAAGUUAGGAACAAUUGCAGAUUUGUCAACUCUUAAUCAAGUUUGCAAUUAGUUUUAUGCACACUUUUGGUGUUCUUUAUGGGUUUAAUUAUUAAAGAUUGAUUGGCAUAAAAUUAAAGCAUUGUUGGUUAUGUUAUGACGUUGAACUUAUUUUUGAAAGAUGUUUCAUAAUAUAAAAUCAUUGGGAUAUACUCCUCA